AUGUCAGACCCUCCCUGGAUUCCUUGGGCAGGCCAUCCCUUCGACUAUUGGGUUGGGACGAAUGAUCCCGAUGAACCAGUCCGGCCUUGCGAUGACCUUGGCGACAUCAUCCUUCGUGCUUCCGACAACCUUGACUUCGUAGUCCAUCAAAGCAUCCUAUCGAGAGCAUCUCCGUUUUUCAAGAACAUGUUUUCCUCAAACUUGACUGACUCGAGUCUGGACUUGCAACGCCUUGAUCUUCCCGUAAUUGUCAUGGCCGAGAACCAACACACCUUGGAUAUGUUUCUAAGAUUGCUAUACCCAAUGGCCCAGCAGACUGUCGAUGGUAUCACAGACGUCACGACAAUCUUGCAGGUGCUGGACAAGUAUGAAAUCGACAGCCUUCCUGCAGCUCUGGAAGCCUCUCUUAUGCGUAUCGCAGAGGAGAAGCCGGAUUUUGUUUGCGCGGUCGCCUGCCAUUUCAAAUUACCGAAACUUGCGAAUGCCGCAGCGCAGCUACUACUGCAGCACCCAGUUGUAUCCAUUUCCUCUCUUUCCACUGGACUCGUCGAAAAUUAUGAGGUAUCAUCUGCCGUACGGAAAAGCCAUUUCGAAUAUCGCGCACAUUGCACCCUGACGGCCAUCGAACUCUUGGAACACUACAAGCCCUAUUGUGCUAGCUAUAAGCAGGGAUUUUUGGGUUCUUACUACGUCGCGGCAUGCAAUUGCGUUCGUGAAGGUCAUUCUCGAUAUCGUAACGACUCGCGGUACUCCGUCAUAUGGGUCCUGGACUAUCUGGAUCGUUGUCGAAUUGCAUUGGAACAGACACCCUACUGGAAGAUAGUCCUCGACCCGAGCAUCAUCAUCCCGUCCGUCAUAAAGGCGAUGAAAUGCAAGGUGUGCAAACAUAAUGCCGAGACAAUGGGCCAGCUCAGCCAAGAACUUGCUGAGAAGAUUCGAUCCUCGGUCGCCCGGGUACGCUGA